GUAAACUGUGCACUGGCAGCCUGGUUAGCUGUCAUCAUCAAGUCUCGCCACAUAACGCUAGCUAAUUUAAUGUAAUGCCAUGAACCGGGAAUAUAUUGAUCAUGGCCAACCUACGGAUUGCUUUAGCUGUCGUGGUUGUUCAGGCCGUCUUGUACAGAAGCUGCGAGGCUCUGCGGUGUAACUGCACCACUCCGCAGUGUGAGAGGAAUGGCUUCCAGUGUGAGACUGAUGGGGCCUGCAUGGCCUCCACUUCCUUCAUCGAAGGCCAAGAGCAGAGCAUCCGUAUCUGCAUAACACGGGACAACCUUGUGCCCCCUGGACAACCGUUCUACUGUCUCAGUGCAGAGGGCUUGCUCAACAUCCACUGCUGCUACACAGACUACUGCAACAGCAUUGACCUCAAAGUACCCACAGUCACCACUCAGGCAGGACCCGGGGGAGGCUACGGCCCAGAUGGGACAUGGGGGUUGGUGGAACUAGUGGCUGUGGUGGCAGGGCCGCUGUUCUUGCUGUGUCUGCUGCUUCUGACCUUUAUGUUCCUGUAUCAGUACCACCAGAGGGCCUACAGCCACAGGCAAAGGUUAGAGGUGGAGGACCCCUCCUGUGAUCAUCUCUACAUGACCAAAGACAGUACCCUGCAGGACCUCAUUUACGAUCUGUCCACGUCUGGUUCAGGCUCCGGCCUGCCUCUAUUUGUCCAGCGGACUGUUGCCAGAACAAUUGUCCUCCAGGAUAUCAUUGGUAAAGGGCGUUUCGGGGAAGUGUGGCGAGGACGUUGGAGGGGAGGUGACGUGGCGGUGAAGAUCUUCUCUUCCAGGGAGGAGCGCUCCUGGUUCCGUGAGGCUGAAAUCUAUCAGACUAUCAUGCUGCGCCAUGAAAACAUCCUGGGCUUUAUAGCUGCUGACAACAAAGACAAUGGCACAUGGACCCAGCUGUGGUUGGUGUCAGACUACCACGAGCACGGCUCCCUGUUUGACUACCUGAACCGCUACCCUGUCACCACUGAAGGGAUGAUCAAACUUGCACUGUCAGCUGCCAGUGGCCUGGCACAUCUGCACAUGGAGAUACUUGGAACACAAGGAAAACCAGGUAUCGCCCACAGAGACCUGAAGUCCAAGAACAUCCUGGUGAAGAAGAACUGCACCUGUGCCAUCGCUGACCUGGGCUUGGCUGUCCGUCAUGACUCUGCCUCCGACACCAUCGACAUUGCACCCAACCAGAGGGUGGGCACCAAGAGGUACAUGGCUCCAGAGGUUUUGGAUGAGACGAUCAACAUGAGACACUUUGACUCAUUCAAAUGUGCUGAUAUCUACGCUUUGGGGCUGGUCUACUGGGAGAUUGCACGCCGCUGUAAUACUGGAGGUAUCCAUGAGGAGUACCAGCUGCCCUACUACGACCUGGUACCGUCUGACCCUUCCAUAGAGGAGAUGAGAAAGUUGGUCUGUGACCAAAAGCUUCGACCCAACAUUCCUAAUUGGUGGCAGAGCUACGAGGCCUUACGGGUAAUGGGCAAGAUCAUGAGGGAGUGUUGGUACUCGAAUGGAGCCGCCCGCCUGACGGCCCUGCGCAUCAAGAAGAGCCUCUCCCAGCUCAGCAUUCAAGAGGACAUUAAAUUGUGAGCUCAGAGAACGAGCACUGAGCACUACCCGACUCCAGACUUUUGAAAACUGAGCACUUUGUAAAAUAUUUCUCCAUUGACACUCCUGCCAGUUUUGAAGCCACUUGAUUUCUGACCAACCCUACCUCGCUUACCCAGCCAAACUACCAAGAACACCUUUCCUGUCUUGUCCUCAGCUACUGCUGCCCUUUUUGUCCCUCUCUACACUCUGUACUAACAAGGAUCCUUGGGGUUUCCUGUGUACUUGUAUGCAAUCGAUUGCAGGACAUGUAUUUAACCAUUUAACAUUCUGAAAAUCAGUUGCUGAUAUCUCCUCAAGGUCUCUUCGAUCACAGUCGCUUAAUAGUUAACACAUUUGCUCUUCUUGUGUUUGAAAGGGUGCAAACUGGGAGUGUUUUUAACUUAUUUUUACUUAUUCUGUUAUUCAGAGGACUAGAUCUUGUUAAUAUAUGGGGUGUUUGUGAGGCUAUUGUUCAGGUUUCUCUCUGCCACCUACAGCAUACAGGCAAAUAUCACUAACUGCUUAGAAAUCCUUCAAAGAGAGCUAUCCAUCUGGUUCUGCUACCACUGUGUUGUUUGCUUGUAUGCUGAUUACCAUGUAAGCAUGUACAAAGCACUUAGGGCAGUUUGUGUUUUAAAACUUCAAAGUCAUAGGAGCUUGGCAACUUGCCAAACAUGAUUUAGCCUUUGGACCCCUUGCCUGGAGCCCUUUCCCAUAAGCUGUUGUAAACCUCAGGUUAUCCUUAUGCUAUCCAAUCAACAAGUUGUUUUAGCUCUUCAUCUUAAGCAACAUACAGACAUAGGAAUCAAGCAAAAUGUAUUAAAGUAGGAUGGGGGGUUGAAUGUAGAGCAUCUGCUGCCAGGGUCUGUGUGUUGUAUUUGUUGGAUCUUCUUAGGUGAGACACUGGCUUUGGAUUGGGACACUUCUUACAUAACACAUGUAGAAUAUUUAAAUGGUUGUAUCUAUCUAAAGCCGCUGUGUUUGAUCAACCCCACAGAACAUAACCUGCCAUGAGAGUAAGCUCAGAUAAGCCGGUGUGCACGACACUCAGAUAAACCUUACGUUCUUUGCAGCAGCGAAUCCUAUUUACACUGUACUAUAAAACACGGGAUUUUGUUUACGUUGAAUCCCUUUUUAAAUACACUAACCCUGAAUCUGAAUCAUAGCUUGUUUUUAUUAUACAUUUUUAAUAUAUUGUCAGAGCAUGUCCAAUGUUCCUUUUCCUGCAGGGCAAAUAUUUCCUGGCCAAGUAUAAAUACUGCACAUAAACUAGCUGUUUAGAAUGAUACUAGUGUAAAUAAGAUGGUUCAAUUGGAUUUUAUGUCAUGUUUGAAAUGGUUGAAUCUUUUUAUUGGUUUUUUUUGUUGAUGGAAGAGAAAAACUAUCUUACUAACUUGUGUUUUGUUUUUGAUGACGAUCUACUGUUUGACCUCUGAAAUGACAUUUGUGUGUCACAGCUCUAAUGUUGACUUUUCUCUAAUAGCCGUCUAUAACUGCACAGCAGCGUUUGAUUUGUCCCUUCAAAGCUCCUUUUGUUCACCAUACAAUACCUCCUGAGUGUGCAAAUUGUAUGUGGAUUUUUUCCACCAAUCUAAGUUUGUCAGAAAUCACUGUCGAAAUGUUUUGUUUUCAGGAAAUAGGUGCACUUUUGUCUUUAGCUGUAUGCAAAUUCAACAGGUACUUUGUGUGUGUGUGUGUGUCUGUAAUCUUUCCCGUGUUAUUUAUAUUUGUAUGCUGUGAGUCCCUACGCAAGGCUGAAGGCCACGUGUGCACUACUACUGACCUCGCAGCAUUAAAACCAAAUGUUCUCAGAAUUAUCUCUGGUCAUGUCCUCAAGUGUUUAUUUAAGAUCACACCACUGAAAAUGAGAAUGUUUAUACAAAUCACGCCAACCAGUUGCAGAACUCUGCUGACUAGAGACUGUAAGGAGGAUCUGACUUUGUCUUUGGGAGAAGAAAUGUAACUAAAUACUACUGAAAUGUCUGAAUUGCUGUCUCAAAAAUGUGUUUGACCAAUACUUUUAUUUUAAAAAUCUCUCUUUCCCUGAAUUUGUAAGUCUUUCAGGAUGUAUGUAAGAACAAAGAGACUGCCCUUGAGGCUGUCACUUGUGGCUGGGAAAAAAUGUGUAGAUCUACUGUUUGAUAAGUGGUUGAGUGUCAACCAUGACAUACACACUAAAGGGGAAUGUCUGUCUUGUCCAAUAGUACCUGCCUUACAAUGUAUAAAAUGCAUAGUGUAUUUAAGGUUGCUCCAAGUGUCACCAAGAAAGAAGUGGUUGUUAUUCUGCAGGCAGUGAAAGAGACGACUGCAUCCAUGUAAAAACCCCUUCAGGACUUCAAUCAUGUACCUUCUAAUAUAGAGUAAUAAAUGCAAUUGUUUUCAUAAUUGGUGUGUAUUUAUUUUAUCUCGACCAACCAGACUUUAAGUGAAAAAAAGGUACUAAUGACAUUUAUCUAACCUAUCCUAAAGUAUGACUAGGAAUUAUAUUUGUAUGAAAUGUAUAACUUGAUGACAUAAAUGACCAUUUUUCAUUUUAAACAAAUAAACAAUAAUAACUUCAGUCAGUAUUAAUUGCGUAACAUCCUAUCCCUUAAAUACAUACUGAUUCCAAUCACAACGCCAUUACAUGUGUGCGGUCAGAUACUGGUUAAAGUUACACACACUUGUAUUGCUCUGUAUCUAAUAUUCAAUCUGAAAAUAUAAAAGUAUCUCAGACAAGUAACUCAAGUCAUAAUGUCUCCAUUCAAGUCACAAGUAUUUAGUAUCAUGUCAUUUAUUUUCUGUAAAAAAAAAAUUCAUCAAAACAGUACAUUUAGCCGACUCAAGUCCAAGUUACGAUAACAUGGGUCAAUAUCUCCAUGACCAACUCAUAUAAGAAAGUACAAACCUCAAAUUUGUAUUUAAAAAGGUUGCCAUAUGGAGGUGAUGUCAUUUUGUUAUGUGCUUUUUUCCACUAUCUAAAACUGGACAAAUGACUUAAUGCUGGUUCACCGAACAGUUUAAUGUUGCGGUGUGAAUCAAUUUCAUAUCAGCUACCUGGUUAAAUCUUUAGAUUAAGGUUAUAUCUGGUAAUAUAAAACAUUUAACAAUAAUACCAAUUUAAAACAAUCUCUUUAAGAACCUUUUAUUGCUCAUCCUUCCAAUGUUAAUCUCAAUGCAUAUCACUGCAUAACUGUGCGUUUACAAUUUACAUAGAAACAGGAAGUGUGACAGGUUCCUGGCCCAUCCUCUUUUGAAAAUGGAAAAAAGAAAUGCUGGUAUUGAGUGAUUUUGAUAAAGUCCCCUAAAUACAAUUGAACGCAACAGAACACACUAAAAAAUGUAGAAAUCAUAAAGCAAUCAAUGCCACAGACAUGUUUAUUUGACCAUUUGUUUUUAGGUGGACCAAACUUCCAAAAACUAAAGCUCAUUUGUAGCAAUAGUUAAGUCCCUUUAACGGUAAUAAUGCCAAAAAACCCAAAGUGUGAUUAACAAAAAAAA